AUGCUAGUGAUACUGAUGAUACUAAUGUCACAUACUGUUGAAUCCAGGGAACCAGUGCUUCAUAGGGUUGGAGGGGGAAGGAUGACUUGGAUCCCCGAUAUUAACUUCACUGAUUGGUCAAGUAAAGAGCAUUUCUAUGCAGGAGAUUGGCUUUACUUUGGGUUUGACAAACAGCUCUACAAUGUCCUAGAGGUAAACAAGACCAGUUGCGAGAGUUGCAUCGACAAAGAUUACAUAUACAAUGUCACACGAGGCGGGAGUGAUGUGUUCAACCUGACAGAGGCAAAGACAUAUUACUUUCUGAGCGGCCGAGGCUAUUGCUACAAAGGGAUGAAAGUAGCUGUCUUUGUUGAGCAAUCCCCUCCUGAACUUCACCGCAACCAUGGUCUCAAAUCAUAUCCAUAUACCAGCAGCAACUUCAUCAUCAUUCUCACUAUGCUUGCCACUAUGACAAUCAUUUCUUACUAG